UCAGAUUCAACUCAGGCGAGAUGGAGCAGAAGUUUUCUGUCCGGAACGCGACCGACGCGGCGACGGCGUGGGCGGCCACCCCGGUGGGCAUCCUUGUCCGCGUGGAGGUGCUUGUCACGGUGAGCUGCACCCUGCUGGCCACGCUGGUCUUCUUCGGCUCCGGCCGCCGCACGAGCCGCAGCGGCGCCUUCCGGUUCGUGGUGUGGCUGGUACUGAUGCUGUGCUACCCGGCGGUGUCCUACACCAUCGGGCUCAUCCAGUCGGGUUCCUUCCGCAACGACCUGGUGGUGGUGUGGGCCUGCUUCCUGCUGGGCUGCGCCGACGGCAUUUUCUCGUGCAGCGUGGACGACUCCGACCAGCAGUCCCGCGCCGUGCUCAACCAGGCCACGCAGGUCAUCUACGUGCUCCUCCUCCUGCUCUCCUACGUCGGCUCCCUGCCGCUGCAGCUCAAGGUCCUGCUCCUGCUGCUCUGGGUGCUCAACCUCGCCAAGCUCGGGAUGCGCCUCUGGAGCCUCCUCACGGCCCGCCGCGACCGCGUCCUCACCGCCGACAACUGGCUCAUCUCCAACUACAUGGCCCACGACCACGUCAGGAGCGUCAGCGACUUCGACCCGGAGACCAUGAGGGGAUACCGCUACGUGGUCGCCGGCCACAAGGACGUGGAGGAAGGCUGCGCGGAGUACAAGCUGGAGCUCACGGACGACCUCGUCACGGUGGAGAGGCUAUGGCAGCACGGCGACGGGGGCCUGCUGGUAAGCAACAAGGCUUCGUCCUCCUCCUCAAGCUCAAGCUCGAAGCUCAAGGACCUGUGCCUCUCCUUCGCUCUGUUCAAGCUGCUCCGGCGACGCCUCGGCGGGAGCAACAGCCCGAUGAUCCACGAGCGUGACGAUAUCAGGACGCUCGUCUUCGCUCGAAACGGCCUCGCUGGCGGUGACGACCACGAAAGGAUGUUCCGGGUGAUCGAGACGGAGUUGGGCUUCCUCUUCGACUUCUUCUACGCACGUUACCCAUCGCCAAAGCAGUCCCUGCUCCCAGAGACGGUCAUCUUCGUCGCCUCCAUGGCGCUCAGCCUCUCCACCUUCUUCUCCCCGGCGAUGCUGCGCUACCGUAACCCUGAUCAUCCGGGUUUAAGCAGCACGAGAUUCGUGGCCACGGGCAUCGACAUCUGGCUGGCCAGGUUCGUCAUCGCCCUGUUCCUCGUCCUGGAGCUCUACCAGUACCUGUCGCUGGUGCUGUCCGACUGGCACAAGGUGAAGAUGCUAUGCCGGUACGUGUGCAAGCCUUCGUGGCAGGGGCACCCCAUAAUGGAGAGGCUCCUGUGGCUCAUGUGCCGGGCGACGCUGACCACCAGGUACUGGAGCCACUCCGUGGGGCAGUACUCCCUCCUCCACGGCUGCCUCAGGAGCAACCGCUCCUGCGUCCUGGCGCGGGUGCCGCUGCACAAAUGGAUCAAGGGUGUCCUCACGGGGAUGAAGACGGUGUCCCGCAAGACCCUUCCCGUCACCGUGAAGCGCGCCAUCCACCGCUUGCUCCGCUCGGAGUGGCUGUCCAAUCUCAGGUACGGAGACCGGACGCUGCAGAGGUACGGCAUGCUGCAGAGCUUCGAUUGGUCCACCUCCACUUACACGUACGGCGCCGUCGGCAGCAUCCUCGUCUGGCACGUCGCCACCGCCAUUUGCGGCGCCAGGCAGCCGGACGACGCCGCCGCCGGCAGCCACGAGGUGGCCACCACGGUGUCCGACUACUGCGCCUACCUGCUGUACCAGGCGCCGGAGCUGGUGACGGACAAGAUCUACGACGCGCGGCUACUCAUGGGAGCCCUGCAGAACAAGAUACAGGGCUUCCUCGCUCUCAAGGAUGACGGAAAACAAGGCUGCCGUUCCGGCGAGGACAUGUUCCACGAGUUGUCCCGGUUGCAUUCCGGCGAUGCAGAAUUAGAUGGUGGCGGCGGGUACGAAAAGGACAUCCUGGCCGACGGCAUAAGGCUCGGCUACCAGAUAUUCGACGAGAUGCCCGACGAGGCCGUGCGGUGGAACAUGCUGUCGGAGAUGUGGGUGGAGCUGCUGCUGAGCGUCGCGCCCUCGGAUAACGUGUCCGCCCAUAUCAAGAAGCUGGCCACCGGCGGUGAACUCGUCACCCAGCUCUGGGCUUUGUUGACGCACGGGGGAAUGAUCGCCAAGCCAGACAAGCCGGAAUACACCUCAUAAAAGGUACACAAAUUGCAAGAACUCGGAGACGAAAAAAGAAGGGCUUUUUCCAGGUGUAAGCAAUGUCCUAUGUGGAGAGAUGACCGACGGGGUGCAGAGACGUAUCCAGCUCUCGUAGCUUUGUUGGUUUUGAUGUCUUCACAAAAAUACUUGCAAUGUCUCCUCUGUUGCAUAAGGAUUUUGGCGAGUUCGGUUAAUCAUGUUUGAGUGAGCAACUCUUCUUUUGCAUGAUUUUAUCCAUUUUUACAAGCAAUUGCGUUUUCCUUCGAGUGUUGAGGUAUCUUCUGUAGGCAAAAUGCUUUCUUGUUGUUUGUUGUGAUA